UUACCUACUGCUUGCUAGGCAACAGUGACUUUAUAGUUAAUAUUUUUAUAAUAAAUAUUGGUGCAAGUUGAUAAAAUUGCAUACUUUCUUAAACAACAGCAUUACAAGUUGAUAAGCAUUUACACGUAAAAUAAGAUAGAAUAACUAUGUUCGAACAUGGAUGCUGUAUUUGAUAUUUGUUACCUGUCGCCAGACAGCAACAACAUUGAACCAGAUGAUAUACCUCAGACAAAAGAAACUGUUUGGGUGUUGGGAAGACAAUAUAAUGCUGUUCAAGACUUGGAGCGUAUAAGGCGAGAAAUAACAUCUAUAAUUUGGUGCACAUAUAGAAAAGGGUUUGUACCAAUCGGAGAUGAAGGGCUCACCUCUGAUAGAGGCUGGGGGUGUAUGCUACGCUGUGGUCAGAUGGUACUUGGUGUUGCUUUGAUGAGGGUACAUCUGUCUACUCAAUGGGUGUGGACUCCAGAAACAAGAGAUCCUACAUAUUUAAAAAUAGUCCAAAGAUUUGAAGAAAGAAAACAAGCCCCAUAUUCAAUUCACCAAGUGGCUUUAAUGGGUGCAAGUGAGGGUAAAGAUGUUGGACAAUGGUUCGGACCAAAUACUAUUGCACAAGUACUGAAAAAACUAGUGGUUUAUGAUAAGUGGAGUUCAUUAGCCAUACAUGUUGCCUUAGACAAUACUGUUGUCAGAGAAGAUAUCUUGCAGCAGUGUAUUAUAAAACAUAAUGCUGGAGACUCACUGAUGCUUGAUCUAUCGAGCAAUGUAACUGGGUCAGACUGGAUGCCGUUGCUGCUAAUUGUUCCACUCAGGCUGGGACUGAGCGAAAUUAAUCCUGUUUAUGUCAAUGGACUGAAGAUAUGUUUUCAAUCAGCUCAAUCAAUUGGAGUGAUCGGGGGUAAACCAAACCAAGCGCUCUAUUUGAUUGGCUGUGUUGGUGAUGAAGUGAUAUAUUUAGAUCCACAUACGACUCAGAGAUCUGGCUUAGUUGAAAACAAGGAGACAGAUGAACAAAAAGAAAUGGACUGUACAUAUCACUGUAAAUAUGCUUCACAUAUACCCAUUCUUGCAAUGGACCCUUCUGUAGCUGUGUGUUUUCUAUGCCGUACCAGAAAUGAUUUUGAUGAUCUGUGCAAAACAAUUGCUGAAAAAUUAAUGAAGGAAUGUCAACCAUUAUUUGAGAUUUGCGAGAAGAGACCAUCUCACUGGGGCCCCAACACUGCAGAUAUUGAUUUGCAAAAUACAUCGUUGUUCAGUGAAUUUGAAGAUGUUGAUCGGCAGUUCGACGAUUCCGAUGACGAAUUUGAGAUUCUGUAAAUUUUUCAAUAAAAGCAAUAUAUUAUUUCUGUACAUUAAUAUUUUGUUUUUAUAACAAUAUAUAAUUGUAAACAUCAUUAUUUUUACGUUUCUUUUUACCGAAUGUCGAAUUACUACAUUAAUGAAUCUUAGCAUAUUAUGUAAUCAACACAAAGACAAUAUAAUAUAUAGUGCAAUAACCGGUCAAAUGCUUUGAUGUGUUCAUUAAUUAGGUCAAUAUGGGUCAAUACAAUAUCUCAUAUCGAACAUCGCUCUAAAGUACAAUCACUUAUUUUAGUAAAGAAUAAUGUUUAUAUCGAUGUAUAAUAAUAUACUAAAAUUGUAACAAACUAAAAAAUGUACAUAGAAUAUUUUUUUUGAAAAAUACUUGCUGUUUGUUGUACAAACAAUAACCGAAGCGAAAAUAUAAAUAUAAUAGGAGAUUAUAAAACUAGAAGGCGAGUCAGCAUUAAAGGUUAUCAGAAAACGUUUAUAUUAUGGAGCUAUAAUUAAAGAUUGGAUUGCCCUGAAAAUAUACAGACCAAAAUAUAUAUUAUAUCGAAUAGAGAAAUUAAUAUACAUUGUUAUAUAUAAUUUUUAUUUAUUUAUAAGUACAUUAAAUAUAAUUGCAAAAUAUUAGCAAUCCAUAUACAACAGGGUUAUGUGUGGGGUCAUCAUCAUACAAUUUUAAUUCUUAGGUGUCUGGCAAUAGUUGUUUAUUUAUAAAAGAACAACAAAUCACCACAAAAAUUUAAAUUAGUGGUAGUACCAUACUUUUCUGUACAAGAACCGUUCGAGUGACGUAUCGUCAUAAAAUCUUGUAUGCUUUGUUAAGGUUCAUAAAUUUUGUUUUUCAAAUUUUAUUUCAACAAAAGACAACAUCACUAACCAUGAAGUAUCAUUUAAAAUCUUGAUUGCAAACGAAAACGUUCAGUGCGCAACAUUACAAGCCUUUUUACAUCUACAGGAUUAUGAUAAAAAGUACAAAAAUAGCUGAUAGUUUUUUUUUAUUAUUAAAAUUAGAAAUAAAUGAACACAUGCUAAAUUUAUUUGCAGUGCCUUUUAUAAAGCUUAUGAUAUAUGAAUAUGUAGCAAUUAAAUAAUAUAUUAGUUUUACUGUA